AUAUCCGGAAGCGAUGUAAACAAAGAUUGAGACUCGUUGGUGUCUGGUGUGAACGAAAAUGCUCCUGCUAUAUUGUCACACGAAUCGUUUUGUCUGCAAGUAGGACUCACACUGCAGGAGAAGAUCCAUGGCUUCUCCCCCGAACCUACAGAAUCUUCCGUUUGAUGCCCCAACAGAUGCCGCCACCGACAACACACGCUCAUCUUCCGCCCGGGUGACCUUCACCCCCAACACACAAUCCAUGGCGCUGUCUCCUACCUCCAUUUCGCUGGCGCUGAAAAGUCCAGAGGGCAUUGAUUGCUAUGGCAAUGAGAGACAGGCUCUUGCAGAACAGAGCAAGUUCUUCAACAACUCCUUGUUAAGUGAUGUGAAUUUGGUAGUUGGGGGACAGAGAUACUAUGCUCACAAGAUAGUCCUCGUCAGAGCCAGCGAUGUCUUCGAGAGGAUGUUUAGUUCUGAGUGGUCCAGUUCCGGAAAGAAGGAUGUGGAGUUAGUUGAGGACAGUAUAUGUAACACUGUGUUCGCUAGGUUUCUUAAGUUUCUCUAUGGCUGCCAUAUUAAGCUCAACAUCGACAACACUCUCCCUGUGCUCAUCCUUGCCGACAAAUACAACGUGGAAGACCUCAGAGAUGUGUGUAUCACAUUCGCAGUAUCCUACAUCAUCCCCAAGCUGCAGCUAAAGGAUGUGUUCCAUGUGUGGUUCCAAUACUCCACUAAGUGCUACCACCAGCGCCUCGUCACUGCAUGCGUCCAGGCACUGGCCGAGAAGAUGGACGAGAUUAUUGGCUCGGAGGAGUGGGAAGCCGAGUGGCUCAACCUUGAGAAGGACCAGCUCAUAGAGUUCCUCCGAAGCUCUGAUCUCAGCGCCAAGGAUGAGUUUGAGCUGUGGGAGGCAACCGUGAAAUGGAUCCAGUCCCAAGCCCACCCACAACGCAUGGCCCAGGUUAGUAAUCUCACUGAAGUGAUGGAGUACAUCCGCUUCCCAAUGAUGACUUCAGAACAGCUAUGUGAGGUAGAGUCCAGUAGCCUGUACCAGCAACACCCAGAGCUGUUCCAGAAAGCCUUCAUGCUGGCUUACAAGUUCCAUGCCCUGCCUCUCACAAAGCGAGCCAACGUCAAGGAAUUCAUGAGCUCCAGUUUCCUGCUACGGAACUACACAGAUCUCCGAUGGGACAAACGUCUUCAGGUCUCCCAUUACUCCGCCUGUCCCAAAGGCACGGAAGUGGGUUUCCGAUUCUCAACCCGAGCUUCUUCCUUCCCAGCUCAGACAUGGGAAUGGGAGCUGAAGGUCCACCCAAAAGGUUACUCAGCCCAGUGCGAGGACUUCCGAGUUGUGCUGUACUCCAAUCUGAUUCUAGACCAGCCUCGUCCGAUCGAGUACUACUUGUCCAUAGUGGAUCGGGAUCAGAUCCUCCAUACUGUGUCCGGGAAGAAGAACUUUUCCAAGGCUCGCUACACCACAGACACCGAGAUGGACAAGAAGGUGACAGUUGCUGAUCUGUGUCAGCCCGACUCGCCCCUGCUUGUUGACGAUCAUCUUAUACUGCAGAUUGCUCUAAAGCCUGUGGAAUAACUGGUGUAUGUUAAUGGUUUGUUGGCAUUCUGUUGUGAUGUCCAUGAAGGAUAUGGAAUACCGUAACUGUUGAUGUUUUCGAUAGGAUGUGUACCUUGUGUCUGAGACGGUAAACUCCUAACAUUUCAGUGUGGAGAUAUUGUUACUUAUGGAAGAAUGAAGUAUCCAUGUUUGUUACCUACACAACUGGGUUGCGUUAGGUUCAUUGAUUCAGCGGGUCGUUAUUCGUUGUUACUACCGCUACAUGCAAGGACGGACGAUUGGAUUCAGACGGAAGGGGAGCAAGCAUUGGUUCAAAGUUUGCAUUGUUGCAUGAUUUGCACAUUUGUGACCCACUUCCGUAUCACCUUUGAGGAGAUUGUAAUCUGUACAUAUGGAAGAUGGACUGUCCAUGUUUACUGUGUUGACUGGUGACUGGCCUGAAACCUGUAGCAUCGUUGUCUUGAUGUUGUGAUGGAUGUCCAUGAAGCCUGCUGGUAUGUUUUUGUGUUCAGGGGAAACACAACAGGUUAUGUAACAGAAUAUUUUCAGUUAGUCAUCACCUGUUGAACGUGACACUGCUGAGAAAUAUAGACUCAACACGCUCAAAUUCACAUAGAGGCAAAUAAACAUGAUGACAGGUUAGCUUUUACUUUUCGUUAAAUGUAAAUUGAUUUGCACCACAAAUACCUUUAGCUAUGAUGAUUGAUUAUUUACUACCAAGAAAUUAUACAUUAACAUUUCAAUGUGAUUCAUAAGUAGAUCUAAUCUACAGUGCCAUAGAUUGCACAGCACCCCAUAUAUUUGAAACUGUAAGAAUUUUUUCAAUAUCUUUGUCAUGCAUAUCAUAUAGUUAAAUAUUUUCAAUAUUGUUUAAUAUUCAGUUGCUAGUGUGCCAUCAUUGCUUAUUAUAUGUCAACCUCUGGAAAUAUUGAUAUAGUGACUGGUGUUGUCUCUGCGUCACUGAUGGACUGUCAACUUUAUGGCAUGUCAGCAUAUACCACCAACAAAUAUCUCACUGCAGUUGUGGACAUUGCAGAAUUGUGGUUGAAUGCAGUAUUGAGAAAACAAAGUUAAUACGUGGAUUCCUUGCCCACCUUUUUUCUUUUUGAUGUUAAUUUGUAUGUACAACUGCAAUGUGUUUUGAAAUCAGGCAUUAACUGGGCUGUGUUAUUUCAAAUCCAUGUGACUCUCCGUUAUAAUUUUGGGUGUCCAGGGCAUGAACAUCACAGUGCCGGGCUGUCUGGUGGCAAUUGAUUUCUUAGAAGUUUCAUCAUGUCUUUCCGUACACAUGAAGCGAAGCCUGUACCUUUCUAUUGAUGGGGAUUUCAAUGUUAUAUUUAAGAAAAUCUACAUGGCACUGACACACUGAACGAUAAGUGGAUUUCUUAGCAAAAUGGAAGUGCAAUCUACAAUUUUGUUUAACUCAAACUUUUUUACAUCCCUAAGCAUGCUAAGGACUCGCAAUGUAUAUUAUUUUUGUCCAUUCACCAUUUGAAUGCAUAUUGGGAGCAAUGUUUUGGGUCCAGUAAAACCCCAAGCAAUCAUCUUGUUAAAACCACACUAAGCACCUGUUUCUAGGAUAUUGUCAUGUAUCUCAAAGAAAAUAGGUGUAUAUUUUCACCAUGCCAUUGGUUGUCCCAGAUAACUACAGUUUAUAUACAAUACCUAGGUACCUACAGCAUGUAGGCAUUCAGUGGGGCAAUCUCUGCUCUUCGACAGGCACAACUUCAGGCAUUAACCACCACUUCCGAGGGUUGUAGGGCUAAGAGUGUUUUGUUGAAUAAGCCCCAAUAAAGUAUUGCUGUAAUGUACUUAAUGAUAAUGAUAAAUAAUUUGACCACUCUGGAAUUAGUAUUAAAUACAUCUGUUUCUGUGUUGAAUCAUUUUAGCUGUGGCAAAGGCACAUGCAGCUUUCAAACUCACGAACGGAUGUAUUGUAGUACCAAGGCUAUAUUAACUCUAUCAGAGAGUUCCUUUUAGACAGGGUCAGAUGUAUAUUUUAUCAAGUCACCACAGACACUCCCUCUAAUAUGUUGAAGUACUUUGCAUGUGAUAGUGUUGCAAUACUGGUCCCAAGUCAAUGUGUCUCACACGGAUGCUGCUUGGUCCUGAUUGUUCUUGCAGCUUUGAGGGUUUUCAUAUUUUUUCUGCAAUAUUUUCAUAAUUUUGUCUCAUUGUUCGUAUCAGAGUUGCAGAAAAGUGCUUGACUGUCAUGAGCUUUUGCAAGUGCCAGUUAUUUGUUGUGCAGGAAUUAGCAUCUCACUCAUGUUCAUUGUCAUUACCAGGAAGUGUUUACAGGAAGGAUAGAAAGAGUGCCAUACUUGUUCUUUUUUUUCUACCAUCAUGAUCAUAACUGUCCUGUUGGUAGUAGAUGAUAAACUUUUGAUUCUUUCAUUGAUUUAUGAUUUAAGAUAUCAACAAAUUAUAUAUUUCGUGGGUUGUGGAUCUACAUGUCUAAGGGCAUGGACAAUUUCAGAGAUAUGAACUCUCAAGUGCAGAUAAUUUUGUCAACUGAGGUUUAAUUAGUAUGAAACAAAAUACUGUAUUCGACAUAAUAAGCGACCACAGGGAUAUUUUCUGAUAUAUUUGCUAGUGGUUAUCCCAUUUAGCACCCUUCCAACUGAUCAGUGUGCACAAGACUUAUAUAUUCGUGUAUAAUACGCACUCAUGUGUUAUAUGCAGCCUAAAUUACAUGCAAUUAAAUACUGGAAAGAUGUAUCUGUCAUCUAUAUUACGCACAGACUUUUCUUUUGUAUCAUUUCAGGCUGUCGGCAGAAACCACGAAAUUAACGAUCUUUCAACUCUUUCACCAAAAUUAUAUUCUAAUAAGAGCCCCCUAUUUCUAAUUUUGAGAGCGCCCUGGGCGCUUAUUAUGUCGAAUACAGUAUUCACACUAAAGAUCCUUGUUUUUUGUUUUAUUGUGCUAAUUGUCUAAUAAAGCCGACUAAUUUACAUUUGACCAGUGAUAGAUUUUCUUUUAUAACCAUCAUAUCAUCAUGAUAUCUACAUAUGGAUACUGGUAAGCGUGAUAAGGACUUCCAGUGUUAGAAUUAGUGUUUGUUUUGAUAUAUGAAAGAGAAAAUGCUUGUGAUGCUGUCAAGUUUGAAUAGUCCAAGGCUUCUCUUUCCUGAUUUGGAGGGAGGUUCAGACGAACCGGCAGUUGCACCAUGUUUAAUUCUACUGAGGGGAAGCCAGGAUUUCUUAUGGGAACUCUAGAGCUGGCGCCUCCUUGGGGUCACAGAAUAUGCCUGAGUUCAGUGAUCAGGUAUACAGCCUACAGGUUGUGUUGUCUUCCACGUGUGACAUCAAGGCCAUAAUGUAUUAAUUAGG